AUGCUCUCCCUCGCCUCGCCCAUGUCAUCCCAUGGCUCCGCCUGCCGUGUGCCCCUCCCAUCCUUCCGUCCCACCCUGCGAAUCAACCCCAUCCUUUUCUCCAGCCUCAGACCCACACCUCCCUCACUCUGCCUCCUCAAACUCUGCUCCGUCCCCCCAUACCCCCAUCCCGCAUCCCCCCAUUCCCCCAUCCCCCCAUUUCCCCAUCCCCCCAUCCCGCAUCCCCCCAUUCCCCCAUCCCCCCAUUUCCCCAUCCCCCCAUCCCGCAUCCCCCCAUUCCCCCAUCCCCCCAUUUCCCCAUCCCCCCAUCCCCCAUCCCGCCAUCCGCCCACCCCCCAGGCGUCCCCCAUCCGCGCGGAGGACCUGGAGUGCCCGGUGCCGCUGGCAGCGCUGGCGAGGAGUCUGCAGCACACGCCGCUCAGUGGGGACGAGGUCGAUGUGCUUCCCCCGCCCUUGCCCCACCGCACCUCUUGCACUCCCAGCGGCGCCCAGGGCACCGGUGGCAGCAGCAGCACUGCUCUCACCGCGCCCACAGCAGCCAGCAGCACGAGCGGCAACAGCGGGUCUCCUUCCCCUCACAUGAGUGGCUGCAUGGAUUGUGGGCGGUGGAGCAUGCACCACAACCCCAUGGCUGCCUGCGGCCUCACAUGCGAGGGCGCGUGGGAGGAGGAGGUGCAGCAGGAGGUGAGGGUGCUGGAGGCGAGUGAGAGGGAGCAGCAGCAGGCCGUGGCACAGCUGGAGCAGUACGGGGAGGAGGUGGGGGAGGGGAGGGGCGAGGAGAGGGAGGGAGGUGCAUGCGUUGAGGAGGUGGAGGGAGGAGAGGAGUGUGGAGGGAGAGGCAAUGCGGUGGGGGCUGGCACAGAGGGGAGGGAGGACGCAGAGGGGAAGGGAAAGGGCCAAGGGCAGGAGUGUGAAUCAGUGAGUGAGGCAGUGGGGGUUGGGGCGAAGUUGAGGCAAGGAGGGAGCAGCGAGGCGUGCAUCGGUGGUGAGGCGCGUGCUGUGCGUGCGAGUGUGAGUGGCGGUGGUGGCGGGAUGAGCAGCGGUCACAGCAGACAGGCCGAGCGACAAGUGGGGAAGGGAGAGAUCUGUGACGGGGAAUGGAGCCGCGAGACCACUGCUGGGGACUGCGACACGGAUGGGGGUGAGGGGGAGGACGGAGAGGAGGGGGGAGGUGAGGUGGUGGAGGGGAGGGGAGUGAGGGCGUGGGUGGUGGCGACGGUGACAGCAUUGGAGAGGGCGGUGGAGGGGGUGUUGCAGAUGGUGCUGCUGGCUGCCGCGGUGCUGCUGCUGGCCGUGCUGGGGAACAGGCUGGCAGCCGUGGUGCACACUGAGGGUGGCGAUGUCCAUGACUUCGUGCCCACCUAG